UCGCUAUUCCUUCUUUGGCUUUACCUGCCAUCUACUCUUGGAGCUACCACGCUCUAUCACAAGUUCAUCAAGCCUGUUUUCAUGAAGCAUAGCGCCGUUAUCGAUGAUCGUGUUGGAAGCAUCGCCGAGAAGGCAAGAGAUGCGUUGCGAAACGCAGCUAAGGAAAUCGAUCAUCUGGAGUAA